GUCAGUAACAGGACUGUUUCUCUUGUCUUUAGGUAUAAAGCUAUAGUGAGACCAAUGGACAUCCAAGCUUCACAUGCCCUGCUGAAGAUUUGUUUGAAAGCUGCCACGAUCUGGAUUUUCUCCAUGCUGCUUGCCAUUCCAGAGGCUGUGUUUUCAGACUUGCGUCCUUUCUAUGACAGGGGCACUAAUAAAACGUUUAUUAGUUGCACGCCUUACCCGCUUACCAAUGAACUUCAUCCAAAAAUUCAGUCCAUGGCUUCCUUUCUCAUCUUUUACAUAAUCCCCCUAUCUGUUAUUUCAGUAUACUAUUAUUUCAUCGCAAAAAAUCUGAUUCGGAGUGCUUACAAUCUACCAGUGGAAGGAACUAUUCAGGUUAGAAAGCAGAUGGAAUCUCGGAAACGCCUCGCCAAGACAGUGCUAGUUUUUGUUUGUAUCUUUGCUUUCUGUUGGCUCCCUAACCAUAUCAUCUACUUAUAUCGGUCAUACCAUUAUUCAGAGGUGGAUACAUCUGUCCUGCACUUUAUCACUUCUCUUUGUGCUCGAAUCCUGGCAUUUAUUAACUCUUGCAUAAACCCUUUUGCCUUGUACUUGCUCAGCAAAAGUUUUCGGAAACAGUUUAACCACCAGCUGUCCUGUUACAAAGCCCGUCUUCUAAUUCGAUCCCAGAGUACAGGCAGAAGUACCACACCGAUGACAUCUUUCAAGAGCACCAACCAUCAGUCCAUGAUCACCUUCAGUUUUAUCAAUGGCAACCACAACUGCCAUGAAGAAAAUGUACAGUAUGCACUAAAUUAACACUCACUGCAAGAGCUCUCUAGCCACCGCUGCCUAUUCGUAUGUCCUAGUCAGCAAGAAAUGUACAUAUGUACACAGAGAAAUGGGUUAGUGACCAGACAAUGAACUUGGCAGCAUGUAAAAAAAGUUUAAUGCAGAGUUGCAGGGCUGGUCAUACUUGACCUUUGUUUUUAUGGCUUUGCAUUAUAACAUGCUGAUCCAUUUUUAUUCACAUUGUGUAGAUCACUGUUUCCAGCCUGGUAUCUUCCAGAUGUGUAGGGGUCACAACAUCCAGCAUUUCCACAAAGCCAAGAAUGCUGGGAGUUGGAAUCAAACACAUCUGAAGGGCACCAGUUAGAGAUGGUGGAAGGGAAAUCAUUUUAGACAAGCUAUUUUUGAUAUAUGGAGCUUUGGACUUUUAUUUAUUGCUGGAAUGAGCCUGUCCCUCACUGUGUUCUCUGUGAUAUACAGAAAACAAGCACAGGGUCCAGUGCAAAGCCAGCUUUUUGCUCCCUUCUCUUCCUUGUCUUCUGAACCUUUCGUCUUAGGUUCCCCACUUCUAGUGCAGCACUGGUAUUUAAGUUCCCUUUCUGAAGUAAAAGGUCAUUGGGGAGCCUCGGGACAAAUUGAAGAACUCAAAAGGCCAAGGCAGAACAAUGCCAUACACCUGCAUUCAGGUAACAGGUAAGCGUAUACAGUGAGAGAUAAUUCUUCUCCCUUGGACUGAGAUCCUAAACAUUUACAGUCUUUCAGCUUCUAUUGGUAAAAUAAUAGAAUCUCCAUUUGUCCAUACACAAGCUUAAGAAAACACAUUCAUUAUUCUUUGCUUUCUGUAUUAAAGAAAGUAAGCAGCAUUCACUUCAAAAAGCUAAUUCUAAUGAAACAUGUUUAGAAUCAUGUAAUUAAGUGGAAGAGUAUUAUUAUUAUUAUUAUUAUUAUUAUCAAAAUCAAAGUGGGUGUCUCAAUCUGUGUAGGCAGAUGAUGACUACCAUUGGCUCUUACAUAUUUUCAGGCAGUAUUAAUUCAUGGUGUUUUUAAAAAAGAUGUAAAGGGAAUUGAGUUCACUACCUGUCCCCCGUCUGAAUGCAGAAGUAUAUUGUAUAUAAUUCAAAUGUGAAAGGUGGUACCAUUUCAAUAAAUGUAAGCUUAAUUAUGUUUACCUGGUGUAUGUAUUUUACCAUAUUUGGAGUGGAGGGUGGUGAGAGUAAAGCACUGAAUUUUCCAAAUGUCAUUAAAUAUUCAUAUCUGUGUCUUUAGCUCAUGCAUUAAUGAAUGUCAAGAUAAGUCAUAUUGUGCUCGACGUAUGUUUAACUAUGGUGCACAAAUGUAAAAGGAAUUACCACCUCUUCUUUGCAUCUUCAAACAUGGGCUGUAGUAAUGAUGUAAGGUGAUCGCUGCUAAGCCCUCAACUUUUUUUUUCCUU